AUGUCGAGCUCGAAGGAAGCACAGGAAAGCACAGAAGCAGAGUCGAGCACUGCUCAGGCUUCGGCAUCACCGGAGGACGACUGGAGUUCAGUGAAAGACCCGAACGAAAGGCGCAAGAUACAGAAUCGCAUUGCUCAGCGCAAGUUUCGAGACAAAGUCCGCCAGCAGCGAGAAGAAUCGGAGCGAAACGCCGAGAACCAGCGAAAUGCGGUAGGCUCGUACACAACGCCAGAACCAGAAAAGUCAGACACAGGCGAAGAAGGCCUGCCUUGGGGCAGCAUCUCGCUUCGGCACGUCAUCUCGAAGGGAAGGACGAAAGAGCUGAGCUCGAGGGAGACUUCAAACUACCCUGCCGCAUCCCGCGGCGGCGGGAGCUCGAGGUAA